AUUGCAAAAUAGAAUUGUGAGAGGAGCAAGCUAUUUCGCGCUUUUGACGUCAUCACGCUAUUAUGAGAGAAAGAGAGAAAACGAAUAACUACGUCAAUGUUUGAUAGCCAAUAGGCCAAUACGCGAAGCGCGCCGUCUACGUUUAAUCUGAUCUCUUGAAGCUCGUAAUGAGAUUUGUCUUGAAUUGCCGAUAAGGCAGAUUACUUUUCAGCCAGGUUGGCGAGAUGGCGUAGAGAAAUCAAUUUACUGGUUCGAAUUUACUGGUCUCAGUCCUGUCAUCUCAUUUCUUUGUGCUCUCGGUACAGCUGUCUUGCACUGUUUUGUGUUUUGCGUGAAUAUCAACAGAACAGGAUUAUGCCCGAUAUACCAGAUCGAUUCUCACUAUCGCGUAAUGUCAAAAGCAAGUGACGCACCAACAUUUUUUGCGACACGCUAUCUUCACAGAACGAUGUCAAGUGGAUAAAUUAUGCCACGAAAGGAGAACACCAAAGCGAAAACAUGGGAGCGAGACAGAAGAAAACGUAUGAAUGCGUACUUCAAAACGUUGGCGGAUCUUCUACCACCACAUCAAGAAGGCCGCAAACGCAACAAAGUCGACAUCCUGAUCCACGCUUCAAAGUACAUAAAAGACCUCCAUAGUCGUACCGAGGACUUAUUUUCCACUCAUGCUUCGGAAGCGCACAAGGAAGAAUUGGCUCGUUUAAAGAAGCUUGUAACUCAACUAAUGUCCCGUACUCAGUUAUUGUCCACACUUUUAAAGGAAGCAGGAAUUUCUGUUCCAGCCGAACCGGCUCUCGAAAAAAUAUCACCCUUAAAAUGGUCGAACAAAAUAAAUGUCGACGAUGUAGACAAAUAUUUUGAUAAGAUCGAAGAAAAGAAAACUUUAGAAAAGAGAAAGAAGGAGAAGUCCGCAGAAAAUAAAGUGCCUUCUAAGAGAAAAUCCGCGACGCAAUCGGCCACGAAAAAGUUGCCCGAGGAAAUUGCUGUCACCAAAAAUGCCUGUAUUUCGAUAGAGAAUCAGGAGAAUCGAGUGAAUUGUGCCAAUAGUAAAACCUAUAAUUCCAAUAGUACAACUAGCAUAACUGAGAUUGGAUCAAAGGAAACGGAAUGUUGUCAAAAUGAGUCUGCCAGCGAAGUGACCGCGGCAGGUACGCUGAAUGAAAAGAAGAAAACGACGGAUAAAAAGGCUGAAUGCCAAAAAGCCGAGAAGAGGAAGAAGAAAGGCAAACGCAAGGAUGAGAAAAAAUCGACCUUACCGUCUAUAGCAAACACAGUCACCAAUUUGACUCCCAACACUCUCAUCCUUUCCGGUGGGAAGUUAAUGCCUCUGAUGACACCAAUGACUUCGAACAUUAUCGUGAAUACGCAACAGGCGCCUACGAAUCCGAUAAUCCUCGGUAGCACGCAGCAGAAUCAGAUGAUCGUGAUGCAGCCAUUGGCGAAUCGAGUGCAAAACUCGGUCGUUUCUAUAUGCAAUCACGCUUUAAUCAACACCAUGCAGAAGGUCACUCUGAACACCGUACCGAGUAUUCGCGCCAACAUGGUUGUCGAUUCUCAUAACUGGGCGUCUAACGUGAAGAACAUAAUCAAUGCUACGAAGAUCGGUGGGCACAAGGGCAUCCUGCCGAAAGGCAAGGAGAUUACGAAGACAACCAUGGCUUAUAAAGUGCCUAUUCCGGCGAUACAUAAAGAGAAAGCAGAGAAGCCGAAGGAUAGCGCGAAUAAGAAAGAAUCAGAAAUAAAGGCGAAGAACAACAAAAGUCACUCGAAGAAUCAGAAAAGCGUUCCGAGCACGUCGACGGUGGUCGAAGAGAACGCCGAAAAGAGAUCACCGAAAGAAGCAACCCUCAAGACUCAGGAAGACGCAGCCGUCCCGCGAAAAAGCAUGCUUAAACGCGGAUUAUCUUCGGAGUUCGAUUCCCCGGAUGAACCGGAAGACAAGAAACGGAAGGAGAUGAACGGCGAAGCGAGAAUCGGUCAACCAAUAGUUUCAAAAGCGACGGAUUUUACUGCCACUUGCAAAUCUAUCGAGAGCUUGAAACAUGUUAUAGACAAAAUCGGGGAGGACAUCCAGGAGGAGCAUACGACUGCUAGUAACGAGCAGGAAUCUGCUAUGAAGUCGAGCAGUAUGGUUCCACAGAUUGCGAACGAUACGGAUCACGAGGAAAUGUCCAAAACAGAUAGAUUGAUAAAUAUCGUGGAGACAAACUGUUUCGAGAUGGAUAAGAAGGCAACGGAGGAUGUAGUCGAAUCGCAAUCCGUUAUGCUGGAUAAGCUUUCGGGUGAAUUGCUGAAAUCACACGAAAGGGAUACGGCUGAUCGGUCCUCCAGCAACUUUAGCAUGUCGAUAGAUAACAUAACGGAGAAGAACUGCGAGAGCUCGGAGCCUUUGAGCGCAAAAUCGACUUUAACGGACGUCGAAGCGGUGGAGAAGGCUAUGGGUACAGAGGGAACGAAAGAGGCUUGCAAUUUGGGCACGCGUUUCGACAGUCUUUUACGUGCGACGACAGCCAAGGAACAACAGACCAGCGACGCGAUGAAUAGCACGGACAGCAACAAGAUUAUCUUAAAUUUAGACACAAACACUACGACAACAAUGAAUCCAGAUGCGGGGACGAAUAUUGCCGAUGGUGUGUCAGUACCGACAUCUUCAUCUUCCUCUUUAUCGUCAUCGUCAUCAUCGUCGUCGUCGUCAUCGUCGUUGUCGUCACCUUCGCUGCUAACCGCUAACGUGAUCAAUGAUGACGCUAAAUUGGCGAAGACCUCGAAGAACGAAAUCUCAAAAUCAUUAUCGUAUACCAACGAGAACACAUUCGUACCAAUCGCCAACAGAACGGAUGGUCUACAUUCGGAUCUGUCCAACGAUAUAUUUGCUUCGUUGCAAGUUCCAUCAAGUUCGCAUAACCCGGAAUCGAUAUCGCCUACAGCGGCAUUCCUGAUGGCUUUCCCACUGGUGUCCUCGCUGAACGGUAAGACCGAGGUAUUGGAUGAGGAGAUGAAGGAAGACUUCAAAUAUCAUAGUCAGACCCCACCGAUGUUACUGCAAAUCGGCACCAUCGAACCGAACAGCUUCAAGAUUAAGACGUCCUCACCGUCGCACGUAAUCGCGGAGAAGCGUCUGAAAGCGUCCUCUUGCGAGGAGAAGCAGGUCGCAUCCGCGAACACUGACAUGAUCAUUCCUGUGGAAUGCGGCACGACGACGAAGCCAACGCCAAAAGUAGUGCACGAGGAAACGCUGCGGGAACCGUACAAAAUAGUUCAGACUGUUCUAACGUCGAGCUUGGAGAAAACCGUAGUAACCACCAGUACGUUUUCCUCUUCUGCUUCGUCGGUAAAUUUCUCGGCUGUAGGUUCCUCGUGCAUUGGCAGUUCUUCGAGUCUGACGAUCAACCAGAGUCGUCCGGACCAAUUGACAACGACAAGCGCACUAAAUAGCGCCAAUGUCAUUGCACAAGCGCCCGUGAACGUCAUCACAUCCACGGAAAAGACCGAUGUCACGGAUUGCGCGUCCCAAGCAACACACCGUAACUCCGACGUGGCGUAUUCCGGCUCACAGGACUUUUUGCCGAGCUACUCGACGGUGGUAGGCAACAGCCUUGGGAUGAUGCAGCAACCGAGCUCGUCCGUGUUUAAGAAUGCUAUCGCGACGACGCAGGACUCGAAUCAUCCCACUGUUCCCCACAUCGACAACACUAAUGUUUCCCAGAAUUUGUUGAAUGCUCGUCUUGACAACGUAACGACGGCUACCACAAACUCCUCGUCCGCGAAUCUGCGGCCGCUGCAGGUGGGCUAUACGGUUCAGGCGAAGGAUAAAAGCUCGCAAGGUUCGUCGCACGUUGUCUAUUCAUCGCAACAUCACAAUAAGAAUGCGCUCAUUGAUGCCACCGGUAUCACUUCCGAUCACCGUGUCGAUUAUACUAGUCAAAUAGACCGAGGUCUUUCAACGGAGUCUCAGAGCCUGCAGAGCUAUGCCGCGCCGACCAAAGAAUCCUCCCUUCCAAUUUUGCCUCCUCAAGAUAUGCAAUCGGUGUACAACCAGACCAAGGAGAAUCAUGUUCUCCUAGAUCUAAACAGUCCUCGACAAACAUUCGCCGUUCAUAAGAAGCAAGAUCACAUUGUCGCGAAUUCUCACAAUGAUUACGUCGCGGAACAAGCGAAAGCACUGUCGCAGAAGGAUUCGGUAACAUAUGCAAAUAACGAUGGCAAGACUACGAACGCAUCACGCAAUCAAGAUUACGUUACAAAGACCGCGAAUCAGAAUACAUCGGAAAAUCCUUUUCAACGAAACUACUCCAAGCUGAGCAAGGGCACGGACACAUCAGACAAUCCGAGUCAUCUAAAUCAGGAAACGAAACUGAGUGGCGUUCUCGGUUCCAAGAUUCAGGAGCAGCAGCAACAACAGCAGCACAAUCAUAUACGUGAUCCGACUUACGUUUCGUCGAAGAAGCUGGAUGUGGAUUCGUUCGUUCAAUCGUUUCAAUACGACAAGGAGGCAAUGGGCAAUGCGAAUGAGCGGACUGUUUUAAACGCUAAUCCUGACGACGCACAUAAUAAUUACGUUUCUUAUUCCAGCAAGGAUGACAAAAAGACGAAUGUCGUUGCUACAAACGCUAUUGUCAAUAACAACAAUAAUAAGGUGACGGCGAUGCUGCAAAGCGUUCCACGCUACUCGCAACAGGCAUCAUUCAUUGCCACGUCCAACUACGAGCAGAGCACGGUGACGGAGAAUCACACGAAAUCCACUACCACUGUCGCUCAUAACUCGUCCAACUUCAGCAUUCUCUCGUGGACGACGUUCUCGCCUGUUAGCGGUAGCGGUAGCGGCAGCGGCAGCGGCAGCGGCAGCGGUGGCAGUGGUGGUGGGAACAAUCUGGUUCAUUUCGAACAGGGACAGUCGCAUCCCAACGACAAUACCGAGGCAAAAACCAUCUGCGAAAAUUACAGUUAUGUACCACUGCACAAGGAGAACACGAAUUUUUCCAGUCAAAUAUUGACAAACGAUAAUUAUUCAAGCAACUCGGCUGGCAUUGACAAGUCACGACAAGGUAAGAUGGAGUCACAGAAACAGACAUUCGAUCCGUCGAAGACCAGGGGCGAUCCGUCGAAGCAGAACAGGAUGCAGAAUCAACAGAAUACCAGCAAUAAUUACAAGUUCGCUGACAGCGGUAAAAGCAAAAAUAAAUACAGCAUAGAUUCGGAUUACAUGCAAAACGAGUACAGCACGGCCAUGGACCAACAGCAACAACAGACGCAGCAACAUGGUCCGAAGAAUAAUCAGAAUCAUCAAAAUCUGUCGUCGAAGCAGGAUAAGACAGUGUACGCUUAUGAGCCACAGAUUAACUUCGAUCUGACUGAGAGUAACGUGCAGAUGAAGUAUCCUAUCGAGGCUUAUGCUGGUACGAACUUCAAGUAUGUAGACAAGACAACACAACUGCAAAGUCAAGUACCAAAGUACCAAACUCUUGCUCAAGGACAAAUUUCCGUUCUGCCUCACGAUAGCGGCAGUUAUGGUAAUGACGUAAAGCACAGUCAACAACAGCAGCAGCAGCAGCAGCCGCACAAUAGUAACAACGGCAAUAACAAGUCCAAAGGUAAUCAGCAUCAACAGCAUGCGAUCAAAGCACCGGUCAACUGGAUGAUGACGCCAGAAGUCAAGCACAACUCCGCCAACAUCGCCGAUAUUAUUCUACCUCCGAUCGGCAAAGAGCUGGACUUUUGCCAGAACAAUCUGUUCGCCCAGACGCCUACGUACAACCAGAGCACGCCAAAUCAGUUUUACAACAAUUACGAUGUGACCGCUGCUGCCGCUGCUGCUCACAGCUUUCCGAAUCUACCCGUCUUACAAGGUGAUCCAACGAAAAGAUCGGUGGAGACCUUCUACUCUGAGGAGCAACCGUUUCCGUGGUCGCCAACAAAGAACGGUGGGCAUAAUAGUGUGGAGCAUCAGUCAUCAGUUAAAUGUGUCGAUCAGCACAUCGUGCCGUCCAGUUUGCAAACUUUAGUUGAUCUUGAGUUGAGUGCCAAUCUGUCGGAGAAACAAAAUUUUCUAUUUGGAGCUGGAACCUCCUCGUCAAGAAUUACUGCUGAACAGGGCAAGGAUACGUCUAUAAAGGAAAAGGAGACGAAUGUAUCAGGACGAGAUCUGCACGUAAUACUAAACACUCAAAAUGCGCAACAUUCGGCGUCCACUUUCCUGUCUGUGAGUCAACUAGUAGAGCACGAGAAAGCGGAGAAAAGCCAUCAACAACAGAAUCAGCAGCAGCAACACCAACAGCACCACCAGCAUCAUCAUCCGAACCAGCACCAGCAUCAACACUCGCAACAGCAACAGCAACAAGCUAGAAAACAUCAGAGAAAGAGCAACACGAGUCCCAGAACGACGAGUAAACGACAAAUGGAUAUUCGUAAAUCUACGACGACCAAUGACAACCUGCAUCAGCGGCAUGAGGAGCAAAAAUCAUCUGGACAUGUGUUCGCGGAGCAGAGUUACCAGCAACCACAGCAGCAGCAGCAGCAGCAAAAGUAUCAGCAGAAUAAUGUCCAUUGGCGAAGCCGAAACUGUAAGAGUAAUUAUACCGCAGAGGCAUUGAUCGGGACUAGCGUUCACGACGCUGGUAGUCAUCACGAUAAGCACGCGUCAAUCAAGUUUACAACAAACUAUUCGCAAAAUAAAUUCCAGAGUGGUCUGUCCACUGCUGCAGAUGCUACAGUAAUGCCUAUCACUUAUUUCUCAAAUGCACCGCCACCGGAUGACGGUACCGCCGGUUACGGUCAAUCAAUGGUCAAUCAGAACUUCAACACGUACGCGUAUUCGUCCAACUCCGCCAAUUCCAUCUACCCCACCGGCAACUUUAUCACCAGCAUCUCGAACACGCCCAAUAGCUACAUGACCAUGCCGCUGCACGAGAACGCCGCCGAUUACGUGCAGGAGGCCAACAGCUUCCUGCUGUCGAACGUGGGUGGAACCAGCUCGUCGAGCGCCAGCACUGCGAACACGUCUAGCGCGAAUACCAUUUCCACGACGGCGAACGUCAAUGGGAAGAACCAUCAGCACUACGGAAAGCAUCCCAACUGCGACAAACGCUCGUAUUCCACCACCGCGAAGAAGGCUAAGCGAAAAGGCGUCGAGGGUGCCCCGAUGCAGAACCUAGAGUUUCCGCUGUCCGGCAUCAAUUCUCCGCUGGAGGAUUAUCAUCAUUCAACGACGUUUCUGCCUCCACCACCGCCACCGCCACCGCCACCGCCUCCACCGCCACCGCCACCGCCUCCCCAUGCCAAUCCUCUUUAUCAGAAUCAUCCGCAAGCGAACGUCUACGCAAAGACUGUCAAUGGUCUUCCACCACCUCCGCCGUCGGCUAUGACGAGUGCACAGAGUGUCGCCGGUUUCUCAAUGAACUCCAACAUGGUCCGUGGAGGAAUCGUUUCAAGCAAUCCGAUGGCCAUGCCGCAUCAUCCUUCAGGCACCAGCCUUACCAAUUUCAACUUGAGCACGAUAUUUCCUGAAAUGAACGAUAAGAUUACCGGAUAUAAAUCUUCGAAUGGUAUACCACCUGGCCUGUCGCAAACGUCUAAUCAAUCUGCGACCUACACGCAACGAACUAAUUAUCCAUCGAACUCUCUGUGUCACUUGCCACAAGUGUGUCUGUAAGAGUCUCUACGCGUAAUGUUUAGAUCGAUUGUGCGAACCUAGGAAUAGCGUGUACAUGUAAAGCAGAGCCCACAUUAAGCAAGGUCCACAUUAUCGAAUUUAAAGCCAUGUUUUCGAGAUAAAUGAUUAAAAGGAUUUAACUCACGACAAGUAGACAUUCAAGUACGUAUUUGGCUUAAUUUUUAUUUAAAUAAAAAUUUUAACGCAUGUCGCAAAAAGACUUGCCUUGAACGCUGGGUAAAAGUUUGGCUCAUUUCGAUAAUGUGAACCCCUAUUCACAGAUUUCGAAAGACAAUUCAUAGUGUUCUAUCACUUUCCGCUCCUCCUCUUCUUCCUUCUUUUCCUCCUUUUCCUUCCAACUGGUGCAAUGCAUUAAAAAUCUAUUAACUAUAUUCAUAAUUUGUGAUACGAGCGGUCAUCAUUUGUAAAUAUGUAAAUAGAUGUAUUAUUCAUUAAAUUAAAAGAGAAAAUUGGAUAUACAAAAGAUGUACAUUUAAUUUGCGCUGUUGUAUCGAUUAUUUAAAUGUCGGAACUAGAAAAUGAUUGCUUUGUCAAAUUAAUAAUGAUGACGUAAAAUCUUCAUUAAAAGAUCUUG